AUGCCUCCUAUUCCCAUCUAUUCCCCCACUCGACAGAAUAACACACGGCUUGAUAACUCCUUUCAGCCGGUACCGAACAACGUUGUUUGCGCCUCUUCGAACGCCUCGAUGCCUCGAGACGCGUCCUUCAUGACAAAGGCAAACGCGCCUGGUGAUGUACCCACGCAAGGCGACUGCAUCGACUCGCCAUGUUUGUUUUCCAGUGUGUCGGUCAGAAAGGAAAUCCGGGACGGCGAGGAUGCUGGGGACGUCGGAGGCAGCGGAGCGAUGUGUCCCAUGCAGGUGCAGAUUUUGGAGCUGGAUGUAGCACUCUUUGACAGGAGUCGGGCAGUCUGCGCACGCCCUUGA